GGAGACAUGUUACUCAGGCUGUUGUUUGAACACAAUUUGCCCACUUCAGGUCUUUGUUGAACAAUUGUUUCAUGUUAUUUGCCACAAACCUGAUCAGCCUUUGACAUUUGAGAAAAAAAAACGCUGUUUGAUGCCAUUGUCAGUUACAGUGCUUUACGUCACACCUUACUUGGUUGGUGGUCCUGGGUUUCAAGUGCACUUUGUUUUGGCACUGACUGUGUGAGUUUUGCCUGGACUGCUGUCAUGAUUUUAUUUAUAUGUUUUUUACAUAUAAAUUUGCAAAUUUCUAAAACCAUGGCAUUAUUUAUUGACUAAUUUAUUUACCGACUCAGGAAAUGAAAUGAAAUUGUUAAAUGUUAAAAUUGUAAAGUUUUAAUUCAAAGCUUUUAGUCUUGUUGAUUAAACGGAGGAUAAAGUUUUUACUUUUGUAAAGCCAUUUAUCCUGUUACUUUGUUGUGCUUUUACUUUUCUCAGUACAAGAACUGAGGUUAUCCAUAGAGUGAAGGACAGUAUUAUUGGACAGUAUACCUUGUGGGUAUUUUAAAUGGCAACAGCUUUGGCUCCACCGUCAUGGAAGUUGAAGGAACGCAAGCUAAGUAUAGCCCUAGUGAGAGUUGUCAAAGGUUGUGGGGGAAGGGGGAUGCAGCAGUGGGACUAUGAGGGCCAAUCCCAUAAAGGAAAAGAACAGCUUCUGAGUGCAGGUAUCUGUAACAGCAGAGAGACAUACCUGCAUGUAUUCCAAAAGAAUUCUGAAAUUUUACAAUAAACAGACUGCUGGUGAAGGUACAUGUUUUUUUGUGCUUAUUUUCAUUUUGCCUUUGUACUUUGUUACUAUAAACUUAAAACGCUAAAGAAUAUUUAAAAUAUACAUAGCAAUGUUUUGACGUACAAUUGCAAAAAUAUGUUUGUGAACCCCUUAGAUUCUGACUUUCUAGCAUUUCUGCUACUGACUACUGAUUGGUUAGUGAGCUGAUGCUGGAGUAGCAGAAAUGCUAGCAGUCUACUGCCCAAAACCUGCUUUCUGUAGAAAAAGGAAACACACAGCUUAGUUCCAUUCACCCCAUGUUCAUUUGACUCUCUUGGGUGCCUCAUGGACGCCCUCUGGCAUUUUGCUGUCAUUUUUUGAUAUAACGAGUAAAGCGUGUCAUAUCUGUCACAAGUACCCUACAUCACACAAAUAUACAAGCCACGAUACACUGAAGGAUGGAGAACUUGGGGGCCAGGCUGGUGGUCUUCAGCAUGCUCAUUUCAAGUGCGAUGCUAGCUGUACAGCCUCCUGCUAAAAACAUCCAUCUGCUUGCUACAGGAGAACACAAAUUCAUCCUAAACCUUGGACAUAAAGAGGUGCCCAGGGACUGCCACGAGCUGUGGGAGAGCUCUGCAGGCAAAGCGCCGAAUGGCGUUUACCUGAUCCGGCCUGCUGACGCCCUCAUCGCAGCCUACUGCGCCAUGCAGGAAGGGGGCUGGACCGUGAUCCAGCACAUCACAGUCAACGGAAGCGUGGACUUCGACCGACUGUGGGAUGAGUACAAGGUGGGCUUUGGAAGCCUGACUGGCAACCACUGGCUGGGUAAUGAGUACAUCCACCAACUUACGAGCGGCUCUGUGCGCUACAAGCUGGGCAUCAAGCUGGUGGACGAGGAUGCUGUGACCAAGAUGGGUGAGUAUGACCCGGUGCUGGUGGAGGGAGAGGAUGCCCAGUAUCGCUUGCGCCUGGGUCUGUACCACGGCACAGCCGUGGAUGCGCUUACCCUGGAGCCAGAGAGCUACCUGCACGACAACCAGCGCUUUACCACCAAGGACCAUGACAAUGAUAACUACUUCCAGAAUUGUGCCAGGCUGGAGUUUCAGGGCGUUGCAGGCGGCGGGUGGUGGUACGACGCCUGUGCGGGUGCUAACCUGAACCGCCGCAAUGUCAUCUACUGGCAGAAGGAUUGCAACAAGGAACAUCUGUGCAAGUAUGCCUGGAUGAUGGUGAAGCCCUCAGACAUGGUUAAGGUGGUCCAUUCAGACUGCAAAAGAGAUGAACUCUGAUCUUAUUACAUUACCAGAGGUAGUCAUUCAAGACAUUUGGAAUCAGUUUUUGGCAAAGUUAAGAACUGAUAAAGAAUCAAAUAAUGGGGAGACCUAAGGUAUUUUGGAAUUUAAAAUAAAAAUAUUUCCUGAUCAAUGAUUUAGAGGGUCGCUCA